AUGGUUGGUCCCCCACACUUUAGCAGCCUUUCUCCGUUCAACGUGAACGACGACUCUUCAUACAAUGUUGACAAUACUACCCCCGAACUAUUGAAGUUUCAAUUGCAAGAGCUGUACCGAAGUAAGCUCAAGGACUUGGCGUCCAACCUUCCAUCCCUAAACAUAUUACACUCCCACGUUUUGCAAGGGGCGUUUAAUGGCCACCUCCAGAGCACUAUUGAACUGGGACAGGUACAAUUACGAGAUUCUGUGCCAAGCCUCUCUUCCACCCCUGGGUCUGACAGUGACAUAGAAACGCGCCUGCCCGUGAGUGAGGUUGAAGAGAGCCCUAAUUAUCUCAACCUAAAGAUUUUGAUUGAAAAUUCGGUGUUUGAUACAUCGAAAGUAAAUAAGGAUGCGAUACUUUCAUUGUCAUCCUUGAAAGACCUCAAACAGAGUCUUCAAGAGCAGAGAGAACUCAAACACUUUCUUUCCUCAAAAUACAAUGUGUCGCAGCAGUUUUUGAGGACCAUGAUUACCAACUCUGAAUCCUCGGAUAUCGAACUCGAACCAGGCCUUCUCUUGAGAUUAAUAAAACUGACAAGCGAACUUUCUCAACAACUCAUCGACAUCUCCGAGCGAGUGGAUUCAAUCAACUCAAUUUUGACCAAUCACAAUUUGGCGUGCUUGGUCCUCGGCUACGUUGAAGAUGUCAAGCUUUCCUCACUCAAUGGCACUACUGCCUCCAUGAAUUCCUCAGGAUCACCUGCUGGCUCCACGAACAAAGACAGACCUCCAUAUAAAAAUCCAGAGUUGCUCGAGAAUGUUAGCCGUUCUUUCGAUAGUCUAUUCUCGCAUGUGGCUUCGGUGGCCGCUCAGCGUGGAAUUUCUCUCCCACCUCCACCAUCACCCUCAAGCAAUAAUUUGGAUCAUAUUGAAAGUCGAACCAAUUGGACCAAGACUUGCAUCGAUGCUAUUCUUCAAUCAGCUAUCUCUAGGGACCAAGCGGAAAGUUCUGCCGGUGACACUAUGUAUGCGAAUGAUACAACGUUACGCAACAGUAACGAUGGCAACCUUCCCAACCAAUAUGUGUCACCAAGCGUUUCACCAUCUAAAUCAACUACGGGAGAUGCGAUGUCUUUGACAGAAUAUAAAACAGCACUCAAUGAUUUACGCUUCGCCCACCAAUACCUCGCGAAGGAGUAUGAAUUCUCAAAGGAAAACUCAGGGAAAGUUAUUCAAGACAACCGUAGGAAGAUUGACAUGCUAGAAAACGAAGUGAGAAAGCUAAGAAUGGGAGCUGGAGACCAAACAGAAGACCUUGAUACAACAAAGGCGAAGGAUGCCGAGAUCGCCAGGUUGAAAAAAGAAGUGAGUUUCUUAAAGAUCGACAGGCUCGGCCUGAAGACUGGGUCGUCCCCCAAAAGAGGAAAUAAUUUAUCUCCCAUUUCAAGCUUUAACACGCUUGGAUCGUCUGAGAACUUGAAUACCAGCGUGAGCGGUGCCGAUGCAGAAGACAAUACAAAUUCACUGCAACUCAAUUCUGCGUUUGUUGCCCGUCCCAGCUCGUUUGGUAACUCUACCAGUACGGCAAUAUUACGAAAAGAAUUUAAGAAAAUUAUCAGUGAUAUCCAAGAUCAGUAUGAGCUUGAAUUGAGCGAAGAGCGAAUAAGAAGAAGAAAGCUCAGCGAGGAAGUCAAGAAGCUUACGCUGCCUUCCGGUUAA